AUGGUGAACCAACAUCGGCCGAACUGUGGUGUCGAAUGGCGGUGGCUUUACUUUGUGCUGCUGGUCGCAAUAAGUCGGGCGAGCUGUAGCGCGGAGGAAGCAUCGCGCGACGAAUGGUGGCAAAGGACGGUGUUUUAUCAAAUUUAUCCACGCUCGUUUAUGGACUCGAACGGCGACGGGGUGGGUGAUUUGCGCGGCAUUACUAGCCGGCUGGCACAUCUCAAGGAUGCCGGUAUCGGGGCAACCUGGCUAUCGCCCAUCUUCCUAUCGCCAAUGGUGGAUUUCGGGUACGACAUCGCGGACUACACCGCGAUCCAGCCGGAGUAUGGGACGAUGGCCGAUUUCGAAGCGUUACUGGCAGAAGCGGAACGGCUCGGUAUCAAGAUUAUCCUUGAUUUUGUGCCGAACCACACGAGCGACCGGUGCGAAUGGUUCCAGCGUUCGGUGGCGCGCGAAGAACCGUACACCGACUACUAUGUGUGGCAUGAUGGUCGCAUGGAUCCGUCCACCAGCAACGGAACCCGGUUGCCACCGAAUAACUGGCAAUCCGUUUUCUAUGGUUCCGCCUGGACGCUUCAUCCGGUGCGUGGUCAGUACUAUUUGCAUCAGUUUACCGCCCAGCAACCGGAUCUGAACUUUCGCAACCCGGCCGUGGUGGACGAGAUGCGCGCGGUGUUGCGGUUCUGGUUGCGCAAAGGAGUGGCCGGCUUUCGCAUCGAUGCGGUAAAUCAUCUGUUCGAGGUGGAGGGGUUUCCGGACGAGCCGGAAACGGGCACCGACCGGGAUCCGCUUUCGUACGGCUUUACGCACCACAUCUACACGAAGGAUUUGCUCGAAGACUACGAUAUGGUGUACCAGUGGCGAAAGCUGUUGGACGAUUGGACGGAAGAACACGGAGGAGACCGUCGCAUCAUUAUGACGGAAGCGUACGCAAACAUUACCUUCACGAUGAAGUACUAUCGGUCCGGUGAAGAAUCCUCAUCCCGGCAAGGGUCACACAUGCCCUUUAACUUUCUGCUCAUCACCGACCUGAACCGUGCCUCAACGGCUCAAGAUUUUGUCUUCACGAUCAAUAAAUGGCUCACGUAUAUGCCGCGCAAGGGUGGUGCCACCGCUAACUGGGUGCUCGGUAAUCACGAUCAACCGAGAGUUGGCACCCGGUACGGACCGGAACGUAUUGAUGCGAUCCACACACUGCUGCUAACCCUUCCGGGUAUUGCGGUCACGUACUACGGCGAAGAGAUCGGAAUGUUGGACAAUCCGGAUGCGAUCAGUAGUAACGGCCAGGGUGACUCUGUCGCCGGUGGUGGUGAUGCUUUUAUUGUGUUUUCACGCGAUCCCGAAAGAACCCCGUUCCAGUGGGAUGACACCGCAAAUGCGGGCUUUUCCACGGGUCCAUCGACCUGGCUACCGGUACACCCAAACUAUCGCCGGCUAAAUUUGGCUGCGGAGAAACGUUCCGCCCGGAGCCAUUACAAAACCUACCAAGCGUUGGUACGCUUGCGAGCUCACGAAACGUUCCGGAAGGGUUCGAUCCAGCUCGUCCCGUACUCGGACAGCAUUAUCGUGUACGUGCGCGAGCACCAGGAUACGGACACGUUUGUGGUGGUGAUCAACCUGUCCGGUGGUACCGAUCGAUCGGUCGAUUUGGCAUCAAUAUUUCCAAGACUUUCGCUCGAACUAACGGUCGCUUCGAGUGGUUCCGAGUCCAACUAUCGUGCGGGAGAUAUCGUGCAGUCGGACAAACUGGUCGUAGGCGGAUAUGAAGGGCUAGUCUUACAAAGUAUGCCGUUGACGUCGAGAACGCGGGACCGCGAUGCGAUGCCGAGUACAAAUUUAGCUGUCCUUUGGCGCACGGUGAAGGACGCAGCAGUAAUUGCGUCUAUCAUAAUUGCGCUCGGUUCCAGCUACUACGGGCUUCAGCCAUGGCAAACCAUCGGCAAGUGGACUGCCCGGGGUAGUUUGAAAAAAUAAUGACAACCAUAAGCCAGGCCAUCGCGCGCGGGUCUCGCAACACGGAGCACAUUAAGGACACGGGUGCUUCUUUUGCUCUUUGCAACGGGGCACAGUGCACUAGUGGCGAAGCAGCGCAAGUGCUUUCGAAUGGAAACGGACGGAUGGAAAGCUAGGAAGAAAAAAAAAACACACACAUAAAUGAAUACACCGACACACCGAGCCUCGCAAUUCAAAUAAUCAUUAUUGUUCAUUUCUUUCCCCAAUUGGGCGUAGGAAAUGUGUCGCUUGUUUGCAUGUUUGUUAGCGGUGUUGUUGUGCAGCGAGUGCUUUUGGUUAAUUUAACCAUUAUUUAUUCUAAUUUUAUUUCACCGCACUGUGGUUAGUUAGUGAAUGAAGAAUUUGAGUGAGGGUACAUUUUUUCUAAAAGACCUUCCGGGUGUGAAUAGAAAACAGGUUUUAUGCAGAACACAGGACGCGAUGGUGUGUUUUCGGUAAUCAAAUGAAGAUGUCAACAUUAGUUGUUUAGUUUUGCAGUUAAUCUCGGUACGAGUGCUUUAAAUUAAAUAGAGCACAAAACACAGCACGCGGAAUCAAAUUAAUCACGGUAAUGUCACACUCUCCAGAUUGUUCGGGAAUGGUGCUCGAACAGAGUGCAGAUAAUUUAUGUCACGAGAUAAUUUGAUAAGCAAAUGCUUACCCCGCUACAUCACGAAGAUUCGAUCCGGUUAAGGCAUGUAAGAUUGUUUUAGCUAUUGCGACAUACAUACGAACUCCCAGUGGGUCGCCGACACUGAGACUAUAAUAAUUGCAAAGAUAAGAGAUCAUGUAAUAUAUUGCUAUCGUUUUGAUUGAUUGUAGAGGACCCCCGCUUGUGAUCAAUGAAGAGUGCGAAAUAAUCGACCAUUAAAUUGUAAAAUCGCUUGUAUACAAACAAAACGACAUUCGAUCGGAUACAGUGUCGGAUGUGCUAUGGCUGUUCCGUUCACAGCAAUCGAAUCGAGGAACGUGACAGGAAACAAUCAGGCACCAGGAACGUGAAUCAAUGGAAAGGUUUGAUAAGAUAGGAAAUCGGCUUAAUUUACUAUCAACGAGUUUGUCCAAAAGUGAUCCAGGCGUUUUUAAACAUCGAUAUCGCAUUGUGCUCCCCAUCAAGUAUUGUACGAUGAGGGGAGCAAGAUUUAAUUGAAUUACGGCCGCCAUAUUAGGUAGAGAAUAGCAAUUCGUUUUAAAAUUAUACUUAAUUA